AUGCCCAAAAAAUGUUCUUCCUGUUAUCAUUGUCGUAUUCGAUGUUUGGUAAUUACCAUAUUUUCAAUCAUCUUUGCCCUUGGUGCAUUCUUUGCGAUUCGAAAUGAAAUAUCUCUUCAAGCAUUGGCGCUUCAAGAUCAGGCGGAUGUGUGGCACCUACCAUAUCGAGUCAAGACACCAGCCGUGACGAAUGAGUCUCAGAAAAUCGCUGCACUGGAAUCAGUAAGAGCCACUGACAGCAGCACAUCUUCAACAAAUGGAAAGCAAACCCUCGCUCCCUCAAACCAUGGACUCGACGGAUCAUUAAAAGCUUCCAUCAACAUCACAGUCAAUCAUUUUCAUCGAUACGACGGAGUGGUGAUUGCCACAAAAAUCCAUGGACCACAUCAAAUAUCGCUGGUUUCCCAGUCCCUCUGCCUUCUUCAGAAGGCAUACAACGCGAGGAUGAAUUACGAUAUUUUGGUAUUUACUACAAUCCCUCUUUCGAAUUAUCAAACUGAACAAUUGAUGCAACUGGUAGCACCUGCUAAACUUACAGUUGCUUUGGACAUCCCCGUAGGAGGCUUGCAACAAAUGAUUGCCAACUUGUCAGAACAACGGAGGCAAAUAUUUUUGGAACGCUGCAAGGUCAACUCGGCCGACAACAUCACUUGGUUUUCUGAAUGCCCGGGACGUCUAGCUUAUAACUGGCAGGCCGAAUUUCGGACCUUGCACAUUUGGAAUCAUCCAGCGCUGGCCAAGUACAAGUUCAUGGUGUGGACGGACUCGGAUGGAUUUCCGACACAAAUUUGGGACCAAGAUCCAGUGGCACAUAUGAUCGCCCACAAUCUAGCUAUUUUCUUUGAUCACUUUCCACAGGGAAAGAUCCAAGGCACGGUCCGCGACACGGUACUGCAGAGAAUGGAAAAAGCUUUCAACAAGACUCUUUGCACGUUGGAGUUUGCCAAAAAGGGUCACCUUCGACCCACAUUUGGUACUCUCAAGAAAUGUCUCGAGCGGAACAUUACCAUUCCAUUGAUUCAUGGUUUUUUCCAUAUCACCAACUUGCAAUUUUAUAGACGCGAGAUUGUCUUGCAGUGGCAAGAGACGCUGCUUGGAGAGUGUUUCUUGUGCCGUCAUUUGGAUGAUCAAAUGGCGGUCACGAUUCCUGCUGCCAUGUUGGCACCCCGAAGAUCCCGUGACAUGCGUCGAUCCGGAUUGAACUUGAAGGUGUUUCACAAUGGAGUGAUGGACGGCCAACGUGACGAAAGAGUUGGUGGAUUCAUUGAUUAUUGGAAGGCCAAUAAGAAGAAUUUCCCCGAAGCCAUGGGACAUUGUCCCAUCAAGAACAGUGGAUAG